GUAAAAGCAAAAAAAAAAAAAACAAAAAACGUUCAAUUAGUGCAUAAAAAAAAAAUAAUAUAAAAAACAAAAUCAAAGCGAGCGGUGGAAUAAAAGGAGAGGAGGAAGCAGAAAAAGGACCAAAACAGCGUGAGAAAAUAAGAGAAAGAAGCAGCAGAAGGACCAAUAACAACCGAUGGGAAGAAGCAGCAGCAGCAGCAGAAGGACCAAAUAAAAAAAACAAAAACGAAGAAUUGCUUCUGUGGACGCAGGUGUGACGGCUCAGAGGAGAACGCAACCAAAGCGUGAGAGAGAAACAUGUCAACGUUCUUAAACAAUUUCUUCCCGGCAGAUACGGCUGCUAUGGAUCCAAUUUUCUACUCGCCCACGAAUGGUAUUCCGUCAGAGAGUAAACUCGCCACUUAUAUGAAUCGACAGAAUGUUGCCACACCGAGCGGCGGUGGCUUUGGGCUGAAUAGCGGAUUCUCGCUACUCAAUCUGGAUGCGCCCCUGGCAGCAGCAGUGAACAAAAAGUCCCAGGUCACGCCGCAAUCGCCAGAAUUCAUUCCAACGCGCAUCAAUUCGUCCCCCAAUUUCUACGCACCAUAUCCGAACACGCCCAUGCAACUGAGUAACGGGCUCAAUGGCGUCAAUGGGUUAACUGCCGCCGCCGCCGCAGCAGCAGCAGCAGCAGCAGCAGGUGCAGCCGUAGCACCCGCAUCCACAGCGGCAGCAGCGGCCGCCGUAUCCGUGACCAUCACCAAGACGGCGAACGGAAGCAGCUCGAUGCUCUCCCUGCAGAAGUCCGCCUCCUCCAUUGUCAGCAUUGCACAACAGCAACAGCACCAGCAGCAGCAGCAGCAGCAGCAGCAACAACAACAACAGAAACAGCAACAGCAGUCUCCGCUGGUGCAUGCCAACUCGGGGUCUGCCCCAUCGGCACCCAUAGCAAUAAGCGGCGCACCACCGAAUCCUGGCGCCGCCCCCUUUGUGAGCAACAUGUCCGCGCAAACACCACUCAAGGGUCGGGGGCCAAUGCUCCGGCAGGAGUCGCCCACGGCAGCAAUGCUAUCGGGCGGACCGGGCGAGAAGUCACCACCUCACGGCAUGACACCGCACGGCGCCUCGCCCAUACCCACGACGCUGCCCACGAGCGUACAUCAGGAGAAUGUCGGCGGCACCAUCUACUUUUAUCCGACUGCCAAUGCGCAGAACAACCAGCCAGUUGUUAAUUCCGUGGUGGUGGAUGCCACGCAUCCGGCUCAUCCGGCACAUCAUGGGGUCAGCUCUGGGCCCGCGAUGAGCAGUGUGGGUGGCGUGUCCUCGACGCUCCUGUACACGGGUCAUGUCUAUCCGGGUCCGGCCUCGAAUGUGAUCACCAUGCAGCCGAAGACGCAGCUGGAGUCCGCCUUCUUCAUACCCGACGAAAUGCGGUCCGACAUUCUUGCCCGCAACGAGAUCUCCAACCUGAUCAUGGACGCCGUGGAGGCUGCUCAGCAUGCCCUACCACACGAAGUGGACAACUACCAUGCCCUCUAUCCGCUGGAGCCGCCGGCCCAGCCGCUGCACGCCAAGCUCACGCUACCCGCCAGCACGUACCGGGCCACGCACAACACGACCGGCUAUAAGUACUGCCUGCGCAGGCUGCACGGGUUCCGCUUGCAGUCAACCAAAUGCAUGACGCUGGUGGAGAUGUGGAAGAAACUGCAGCACACGAAUGUGGUGCAACUGCGCGAGGUGUUCACGACGAAAGCAUUUGGUGAUAACUCCUUAGUAUUAGUGUACGACUACUAUCCCAGCUCACAGACAUUGCUGGCCAAAUACUUUACGCCCGCGCCGGAGACCAACGGUUACACUGAUCCAUUCCAAGGCGAAGCUCGCCCAUUCAGUCAUAAGAGUAACAUGCAGCGGACCAGCAACGGACCAUUGCUGCCGGAGGCCACCAUCUGGUCGAUUAUCAUGCAGCUAACCGCCGGCCUGAGGGCCAUACACCAGGCGGGGCUUGCCUGCAAGGUACUGGAUCCCACGAAGAUCAUUGUGACGGGCAAACGAGUGCGCUUCAGCUCCUGUUGCAUAUCGGACAUUACGCAGUUCGAUCCAAACGCGGCCAAUCCCCUGGCUCUCGUUAACAUGCAUCAGCAGGACGAUCUGACCGCGUUGGGUCGUUUGGUAUUGGCGCUGGCCUGUCGCUGCCUUCAGUCUGUGCAGCGGGACAAUGUCCAGUCGAGCAUUGACAUGGUAACGCGCAACUACUCCACCGAUCUUCGUAACUUCAUUGUUUACCUCUUCACCACGAACCGCCGAUCUGUAACCGAUCUGAUGCCGAUGAUUGGUGCCCGUUUCUAUACUCAACUGGAUGCGCUGCAGAGCCAAAUCGAUAUGCAGGAGGAUGAGCUGGCCAAGGAGAUGGAGAACGGGCGCCUCUACCGAAUAUUGGUGAAACUAAACAGCAUCAACGAACGGCCCGAUUUUAAUUUGGACUGCACCUGGUCGGAGACUGGCGAUAGAUACAUGUUGAAAUUAUUCCGUGAUUAUUUGUUUCAUUCCGUCACCGAGGAUGGCCGGCCCUGGAUGGAUCACGCACACAUUGUACAAUCCCUCAAUAAGCUGGAUGCCGGCUCCAUCGAGCGCGUGCAACUGAUGUCGCGCGACGAGCAGUCUGUCCUAAUUGUUUCCUACGCUGAACUCAAGAAUUGUCUGGAGAACGCCUUCUCCGAACUGAUGUCUAGUGCGGCCAAUUGAUGAGCCUCAACACCUCAAAAUGAAACUGAAAACACGCGCAGCUCUCCCUAGCCACCCCAGACCCAAUACCCGAAAUGAUCCUCCCCCCCAAUACGACUACGAUUAAAAGAAUUAAACAUAAGCGAAACAUUAAUUAUGACUAAGACAUUUUGGCGCAAGCCGAUCAAAACAGAACCCCCCCCCUCCACCAAAACGAUAAGAACCCUAAACAUCCAUUCAAAUACGAAAGUUUAUAUUGAUAAGCCAAAACGGAAA